AUGAUAGCUCAAAAACAAUAAAGAUAAAUAGAUGACGAUGAUGAAGUUAAAAUGGAUGAAAUCUCAGUCUAAGUGAUCUCCAAUGAAAAAUGCAAUAAAGUAAAUUGUAAAAUUUAAUAUAGUUUAUUGCCUAUUACUAUCUAUCUGUAGGAUCUAAUUUUCCGUUAUUUGAAAAUAAUUAAUUUAAAAAUAUCAUUCUAUUAUGA